ACACAAACACUAACACCACAGAAGAAGCAGCAACGUGGAGAAGGUCAGACAGCAAGAUGGCGGCGUCCGCGGUGCGAGCGCUCGGCUCUAACCUCAGCAAAAACCUGAGAGAAAUCCGCCUUCAUUUCUGUCAGACUGCAGCUGCCAGUCAGGGCGUGAGGGAUUUUGUACAGCAGCACUAUGUGACCCUGAAGAAGGUGAAUCCUGAGUUUCCAAUCCUGAUCAGAGAAUGUUCCGGUGUCCAGCCCCGACUGUGGGCGAGAUAUGCGUUUGGUAAAGAGCAGAGCAUUCCUCUGGACAACAUGAGCGCUGACCAGGUGGCGAAAGCUCUAGAGAAUGUGGUCAACAUGAAAGCCUGAGCCAUGCUCUUCAGCUUCCUCUAAAGUGUGUGUGUGUGUAACUGUAAUUAAAGUGUUGUGGUGUAAUAAAUCUGUCUGAUUAAAGCUUCUUUAUGACGA